AUGUCUGGUAUUGAGGUUGCAGGCUUGGUGCUCGGAACUCUACCCUUAAUUAUCUCCGCGCUCGAGCACUACGAAGGCAAUCACGACCGCGCUUGGAUUUUCUUCAAAUGGAAGGAUGAACUCUAUAAAGCAUUGCGCGAGGCAAAGCUGGGAAAGGCGUACAAGGUGUAUGUCUACACGAUCCAGGAAAUGCAGGAGCAUAUGAGGACCCUGUCGAACCACCUGGACAUUGACCGGCAAAAUGCGAUCAUUUGUGCUAAUCAGCCUGUCUCGAAUCCUUCUCAAGGCCCUCCCCGCUACGAGUUUAGGAGGAGAAUCAGGUUUACCAUGAAGAGAAAGGACAUAGGACGGUCACUAAAGGACAUAAAAGGCUGCAAUCAGCGAUUGGACAAAUUCAUCGACAAAGCAAGAGGAGAGGAGGCGCCCGUAACAACCAAGAGCAGCCGGCAGCUGACGCUGAUGAUGCCCCUCGAGCAAAUCCAGGAGUGCGCAGACAAUCUCCAUCGCAGCUUGUCUCAGGCGUGGAGAUGCACUGCCCACACUUCUCAUUACGCCAGCCUGCUCAUAGAGCAUCGCAGGAGGUCACCAAAACGGAAGAAACAGAAAGCUGUCAGAGAGGAUGAUGCAUCCACGAAUUUCAGGAUAUCCUUCAAUAGUCCAUCCCUGCCGACGAAGUGGUACGACACCGAAAUACAGGUGCGUGAGACGACGAAGGUCUGGCAAAGGUAUAACGGUUUCUUUUUGCUCCUACACUUACUUCAUAGUGAAUGUGACCUCUGGAGCAAGAAUGAUGUCGUGUUUUUCAAAACCGCUAGCAGGCAGGGACAACACCAUGUCAAUGUACGCUAUCCCUAUGUGAUGAAAAAUUACCAGCAGACGACAAACCCUACGGCCACGAUAUGGCGUUCCAAAACACCAUCCACGCAUGGCAGCAGCGUCAACCUUCUUACUCUUGCCAAGAUCCUCCUCGAGAUCCGCUUGGACGACAGCAUCGAGAAUCACCGACAGCCCGAAGACCUCGGGCCUAAUGCGCUGGUCAACGAGGCCACUGAUCUGCUGGCUCUCAAGCGCUGGAUCAAGCGAGGAGGGGAACCUGUCGUUUGCCUUCAAGGACGCGGUCACUUUCUGCAUGAAGGAAUUUGUAAACCCUGA